GUACGUCGUGAAAUUUGUUUAUAGUGCUCACUAAUUUACUUUCGUCGGUCUUAAAUCAAUACAUAGAAAUAGAAAUAUUUUAAAACAACAAAAAUGAUAAAAUGUCUUAAGUCGUUACUAUCGUCGUUUGAAUAAAUUAGUUCCUUUUUUCGGAAGAAUAAGUAGACAGAUAUACGAUCCAGGGAAAUGACCAAAAAAAUGAUCGACAUCGACCGAUUAUUAGAAGAGGUGGGCGAAUUUGGAAAAUAUCAAAAACUAAAUAUAUUUUAUCUCGGACUAUCGUUACUAUUCACGGCGUCGUCCACCAUGGCAUUCGUGUUCACCACGGGAGACAUGAACUACAGAUGUUUGAUAAAUGAAUGCGAUGUUUCCGAGACAGCAUUCGAAUACUGGCCAUCGUGGCUGAACCGAACCAUUCCAUUUGACGAUGACGACCACCGGUUGUCUAAGUGUUUGCGGUAUGCGUCAAAUAACAAUCCGUAUAACACUGACGCUAACCUAACCGACAGACGAGUCUUCCGAUGUGACGAUAGUGAUUUCAACAAGUCUUCGACUGUGCAGUGUGACGAAUUCGUCUUUGAAUCCGGUGGGGAGACGACCAUAGUUUCCGCGUUCAACAUAUUUUGCAAAAACAACAAGUGGAAACUAACGAUCGUAGGGACCCUCAACAACUUUGGUCAGUUUGUCUCCUUACCUAUAUCCGGAUUUUUGUCGGACAAGUACGGCAGRAAAAACAUAAUCAUCAUUGGAAGCGUAUUGGCAGCGACAUGUGGUAUUUUACGCGGGCUGUCCAUAAAUUACACCAUGUUCAUGGUGUUGGAAUUCUUCGAUGCUUUUUUUUCCGGCGGAGUUUAUAGCGCCACUUUUAUAAUGGGUAUCGGGCUAGUUGGUAGCAGACACAGAGUUUUUGCGAGUACCGUUUUGAGUGUUUACUAUCCAAUCGGCGAGGCAUUAGUCGGAUUAUUGUUUUGGUACGUUCAAGACUGGAGGAAAUUCUUGAUAUUCGUAAACUUACCGGGAUUGGGUUUCGCGUUGGCCUACACAAUUAUUCCAGAGUCUGUUCGAUGGAUGAUCACCGCGGGAAAAAUCAACGAGGCCAUAGAAGAACUGAAAUACAUAGCGAAUUACAACGGGAAAAAACUAUCAGAAGAAAGUCUGAAAAAACUCGAAACGUUUAAAUGCUYCAACGAAAAAGAGAUGGAAAUAGAGGAAAUAGCAAUGAGUACGACGAACAGCUGUUCUAGCCAGCAAGCGUUUAAACGUGCUAUGACUUCAAAACUMAUAAUAUUACGAGUGAUCAACUGUUCGUUCUGUUGGAUGAUCAACACGCUCAUAUACUAUGGCCUGUCUAUGAGCUCGGGUUCAAUAGUGGGAAACCGGUAUGGGAACUUCAUUCUGUGCAGCCUCGUUGAAAUCCCAGCAUUGUUCUUGGUGAUCAAGAUCAUGAACAACUGUGGCCGAAGAGAGUCGCAAUGUGCCACGCUUUUGGUGUGCAGUAUUCUAUGCAUCUCGAUCGCAUUUGUCCCAAAACAUGCGGUCAUCUUAAAUGUACUCCUGUACCUGAUUGGAAAGUUCUCCAUAACCAUAUCAUUCGUAAUACUGUACAUGUACACCGCCGAAAUGUUCCCAACGGAAAUCCGACAUUCCCUACUCGGCAUAUGCUCCAUGUUUGGCAGGAUCGGUUCAAUGGUGGCACCACAAACUCCAUUAUUAGUUACUUAUUUCGGCGAAUUGUCCCCCUUACUACUAUUCAGUGUAUCUGCUCUAAUAUCUGGAUUGUUGGCACUACUGUUUCCGGAAACUCUCAAUAAAAAAAUGCCAGACACAGUUUUGGAAGCUGAACAAAUUGGCAACUCCACCAGUUGAUUGACCUACGACUUCAGACUGUAUAUUAUUUUAAAAAGCAUAUUAUUAUAUCUUUAAAAAAUCUUAAGAAAAAUUAAAUAUCAAUUUAAUUUAUUUACAUAAUAAUUUAUAAGUUAUUUUGAAGUUAAGCUUAUUGUGUACAAAACAAAACGUUGAUACUUUAUAGUUUUCUAUUUACACUGUGU